AUGAUCGACCACAAGCCAAAGGUGUUGUACAUACCGUCCGUUCAGAAUAUACAUGACGAGACUGCCUGGAAAACUCUCAACGAGAAGUUUGAGGUCAUUACUUACGACUGUGAGUCAGAGGAAGAGUACAUUGCGGAGAUGCAGAAGCCUGACGGAAAGUUUGCAGGCAUAGAGGCGAUCUGUCGCUCUUCCUGGCUGAAAGGCCAGCCUUACGUGCAUCACUACUUAUUCAGAGGUGAGCCAGUCAAAGUGUUGCCCGACACGGUGAAGAUUAUUGUUCAGUCAGGACACGGCUACGACAUUGUUGAUGUCGACUACUUGACAAAAAAAGGCGUGCUUUUUUGCAAUUCGCCAGACUGUUGCACCAUUGCAACUGCAGAUGUUGGUGUUGCCCUGGUUCUUCAAUCUUUCCGCUACCUUACAUACGCGGAGCACUGUGUUCGGACCAACAGAUACUACGAGUCCGCACCUCUGGCUCUGUGGGGUGAAAAUCCGUCCGGAAAAACGCUAGGAAUUAUUGGACUUGGUAACAUAGGGUUCCGUGUGGCCGUAGCUUGCCAGGCACUGGGAAUGAAGGUGGCGUACCAUAACAGAACUCCAAAACCUGAGUAUGAGGGAAAAUUAAAAGAUCUGAAAUACUUUGAAACUUUGAAUGACAUGCUCGCCGUUAGCGACUGUGUAUUUGUUGCAUGUCCACACACUCCUGCCACGCACCAUCUGAUAAAUGGAGAUAGAUUCAAACACAUGAAGGAUCAUGUUCGACUCGUCAAUAUAGCCAGGGGACCUAUUGUUGAAGAAGCAGCAGUUAUCGAUGCUCUUGAACGGGGCCAGUUGGUGGGAGCAGGCUUUGAUGUUCAUGAGUUUGAACCGAAAAUUCACCCAAAGCUCUUAGAAAACUACAGAGUGACCCUUCUCCCGCAUGUGGGUGUGACCUCCAUCGACAGUUUCAAGGCAUUCGAAAGAAAGUGCGUUGCUAAUCUGGUUGAAUAUUUUUACGGCAAUGGAAAACCUGAGUCUGUUAACAAGAUUAGCACGUGA